UAUAUCACAUUAGUUAUUUUUGUUAUAAUUUGGAUGCAUGAAUGGUAUUUGUGGGGAUUCAAUUCAGGUUAACCUAGUGGGAGGAUACUACGACGCGGGAGACAACGUGAAAUUUGGAUUACCAAUGGCGUAUUCGGUGACGAUGCUUGCAUGGAGUGUGGUGGAAUUCGGGAAUAAUUUGAAGGCGAGAAAUGAGUAUUGGAACGCACUGAAAGCCGUAAAAUGGGGAACAGACUAUCUGAUGAAGGCCCACUCGGAUCCAGAUGUGUUGUACGGUGAAGUUGGAGAUGGAGCGUCGGAUCAUGCUUGCUGGCAGAGGCCUGAAGAUAUGACUACGCCCAGGGAUGCUUACAGGAUUGAUGAUCAGCAUCCUGGAUCUGAUAUUGCCGGUGAAACUGCCGCCGCUCUCGCUGCUGCCUCCAUUGCUUUCAGUAGCUCCAACGCCUCUUAUUCUUUUCAGCUUAUCAGACAUUCAUUGCAGUUAUUUGACUUUGCCAGAACACACCAAGGUGUGUACCAAAACAGCAUUCCAGUUGCCGGACAAUUCUAUCAAGCAGACGAACUUUUGUGGGCGGCUGCGUGGCUACAAAGAGCCACCAACAACCAGAGGUACGCGGACUUCAUAAACCAGUCAUCUAACACCGGCGGCACCAGAGGCAUGUUUUCAUGGGACGACAAAUACGUCGGCGCCCAACUACUUGUCGCAAAGGGUAUCCUAGAAAGGAGGUUUCCCGCAAGUGGAAACAUGGGGCAGAUGAAAAACUCCGCAGAACAAUUCAUUUGCAACUGCAUUCAAAAAGGAAAUGGCAAUUUUCAGAAGACUAAAGGUGGGCUUCUCUGGUUUCUUCCAUGGAGCAAUCUUCAAUACGUAAACAGCGCUUCAUUCAUCAUGUCGGCCUACGCCGACUACCUAUCCAAAGCAAGAGCCACUCUUCGAUGCGCCGGGGGUGCGGUUGGACCGAACGACUUGAUCUCUUUCGCAAGAUCUCAGGUGGAUUACAUAUUGGGUAACAACCCGAAGAGACUGAGUUACAUGGUCGGAUUCGGGUCGAACUAUCCGAAACGUGUUCACCACAGAGGGGCAUCAAUUGUGUCUAUAAAGAAAGACCGGACGCGAGUGGGCUGCCAGGAUGGUUUUAACAACUGGUACAAUAGGAACGCGGAUAACCCGAAUGUGAUUACCGGGGCAAUUGUCGGUGGGCCGGAUCAGAGUGACCAAUACACGGACGCUAGAAAUAAUUACCAGCAGGCUGAGCCUUCUACCGCUAAUAACGCACCUCUUGUUGGGGUUUUGGCUAGGCUUUCAGCUUGAUCCCAAUAUUUUGUAAUUGUUUUUUACACAAAAUACUGAAAUAGGUCUUAUCAAAUAUGAAUAGCAGCUCAGUAUGUAAUGUGUUGUAGCUGUGCUGAAUAAACUAUUAUUCAAUAAAAUAAAAGGGUUAAUUACAGUCUAAAUUAGAGUCGCAUCCCUUUUACAAUUACGUUGACCUUCCUCUUCAUUACCAAAAAAUAUUUCUACGAUAAAGUUUAUCUAAGAAACACUUGGGUAACCCUUUUUUUGAUGAGAACACUUGGGUAACCUACGAAAUUCUAACGUCGUAUUAAAAAAAAAGUUUAAAUUCAUUAUUAUUAUAUUAUUAUCUCUUUUUCAUCUUUUAUUUUCCAUUUUUUUUCCAAUGAGUUUCAUAGCAAAUUAGAUUUGUAAAUCAACUAAGAAAAUCUUGAUCCACUCCGAUAAUUCCAAUUUUGUUCUUUUUAAGUUUUGAAUUUUCUUUGUAAACAAUUUAUUUU